AUGGAUGAAUCUAGCAUGUCCUGCGAAGACCUUACGAUUAGUGAAACCACUGUUGAAAUUAGUCGACCAGUUAUGGAUACUGUUAAAAAUACACCCACGUCAUCCGGAUGUAUUCCCGCUGCGAGUAUCACAUUGGACCAAUUCUCGAGACUUCUAGAUUUUAAGUUGGAUACUAAACUAGAAAGCUUUCAAGCAUCUUUAACCAGAACAAUAAGGAAGGAAGUUAGUGAUCAAAUAGCCAAACUAAAAUCCGAGUUCACCGUAACGACAGAUUUUCUUGCGGAGGAGCAAAGGGACGAAAAACCUGAACUUAAGACGUUGUCAGACAAGGUCCGCAAGCUUGAAGAUGAAAAGAUGCAACUACAAUCCGAAUUAUCCCAAAUGAAUAAAACUCUGCAGGUCUUAGACAGACAGGUCUUAGAAGAAACUGCAAAAUUGAAAUCCAGUCGGUACCCGAAAAACGAUCGGAAAAUUUAUUGUAUGGGUUGA